GGCCACUUGUUUAGAAUUCCCGAAAGAUGGCGGCGGCGCCUCCAGAAGAGGCUAGCCUACAGUCUCGCAUCAACAGGGCCACCAACCCUUUGAAUAAGGAAAUCGACUGGGACAAUAUCAAGGGAUUUUGUGAUCAGCUCAACAAUGAUCCAGAAGGCCCCCAGCUUGCGACCAGACUUCUGGCCCAUAAAAUCCAGUCUCCUCAGGAGUCGGAGGCUAUGCAAGCACUUACGGUUCUUGAGACGUGCAUGAAGAACUGCGGAAAGCGAUUUCACAGUGAAGUGGGAAAGUUUCGCUUUCUCAAUGAGCUCAUCAAAGUGGUCUCACCCAAGUAUUUGGGUGCCCGGGCUCCUGAGCCAGUGAAGAAGAAGGUGCUGGAAAUGUUGUACAGCUGGACAGUGAGGCUGCCUGAUGAGACUAAGAUAGCAGACGCCUAUCAGAUGCUGAAAAAACAGGGCAUUGUCAAGCUGGAUCCCGUACUUCCUGACGACAAGCCCCUUCCACCCCCUCCACCCAGAGCCCAAAGUGCUGUCUUUGAGGAUGAGGAGAAAUCCAAGAUGCUGUCGCGCUUGUUGAACAGCUCCCACCCUGAAGACUUAAGAGCAGCAAACAAGCUCAUUAAGGAAAUGGUUCAGGAGGACCAAAAGCGUGUGGAGAAGGUCUCGAAGCGUGUGAACGCCAUCCAGGAGGUGAAGGAGAGCGUGAGCCUGCUGAACCAGCUGCUGGAGGGCUACAGCAAGGAGAGCUGCUCCCAGAGCAACCAGGAGCUCAUUAAAGAUCUGUACCAGCGCUGUGAGAAGAUGAGGCCCACACUAUUCAGAUUAGCAAGUGAUACAGAGGAUAGUGAUGAAGCUUUGGCGGAUAUCUUGCAGGCCAAUGACAGUCUGACACAGGUCAUCAACCUGUACAGACAGCUGGUAAAGGGCGAGGACGUGUCAAAAGAUGGCAUAACCACACCCCCAGGACCAGGAAGCAGUAGCUCAGCACUCGUAGACCUGAUGGGGCUCAACGCAUCAGAAAACAUGGCACCAUCCAACCCGGAGCCCUCCAGCCUACAGACCCUGACUCAGAGCAUGGGCAUCAGCCUGUUGGACGAUGAGCUCAUGUCGCUGGGGCUGAAUGUAACGGAAAACUGCGACUCUCCAAACAAUUUUCAGUCCUAUGAAAGAACAGAAUCAUCCACUCCGUCAGUCCCUGCUGCAGUGCUGCUACCAGCUGUGGUUCAGACAUCGCAGGCUCCGCCAGUAGGGGCCCCCACUGCGCCAUGUAAACCCAUGGAAGACCUGGACUCCUUGGGGAAGACAUUGUUACAGCAGUCCCUACCUCCAGAGAGCCAGCAGGUCAAAUGGGAUAAGCUACAACCUCAGUCCAGAAUCUCUUUGCGAGAUCUGCAGAAGUCCAGCACCAACUCUAGACCGACUCCAAAUGCAACCACCAACUCUGCUGGUCCUGCUACAGGACCCGCCUCCAGCCUGGCGGCCCAUUCAGAGCAGCCCGACACUCUCCUCCUCUCCAAUCUCACUGUCACGGCUGCUGACCCCUGUGACAACAUCUCUCUAGCUGACGUCACUGUGCCUCUGGAAUCAAUCAAACCUAGCAGUUUAUUACCAGUGACUGUAUUCGACAAACACAGCCUCCGGGUUUUAUUCACCUUUGCUCGUGACUGUCCUCCAUCACGGCCUGAUGUGCUGGUGGUGAUCAUCUCCAUGCUGUCCUCGGCCCCCAGUCCUGUCACCAACAUCCGCUUUCAGUCAGCUGUACCAAAGGUGAUGAAAGUGAAGCUGCAGCCUCCCUCUAGCACAGAGCUCCCAGCCUUCAAUCCCAUCCUGCCUCCAGCCGCCAUCACACAGAUCCUGCUGUUAGCUAACCCUCACAAGGAAAAAGUACGUUUGCGGUACAAGCUGACUUUCAAACUGGGGGACAAAUCUUAUGAUGAGUCUGGCGAUGUGGACCAGUUCCCUCCUCCAAACACCUGGGGGAACCUUUAGUGAGAGCAACCGACCUUCUGUCAUCUGAUCUGCUGCUUCCUUUAGAUUUAGGUUGAAGUUGUCCCUCCUCGCUGGCUCAAGGCAAACGGUUUCAAACUCCGGUUUGGUGCCCCAAACGGACAUGAGAGGCCAGCUGUGGGAACCAGCUUCUACCCUGUGCCUUCCUUCGCAGCCUUCCUGUCCUUAUCCAAUCAUCUCUGUGUUCCUGUGUUUGAGCGGCUACUUUUUCUUCUUCCAACAAUCAGUUUGAUGCAAACUGUCUGAAACACUGAUUUAACGCAGUGACUUUAGAGGGAACCCAGUUGAGCCUUUUAUAAAAGACGAAUGUGUGCAUUUGUCUGAGUUACAUACUGUCCUACAAUCCGCUCGAAUGCCCCGUGUCAUGUGAAUCAGAUAUAACAGCUGGUGUCUCGCAUUAUUUCCGUUGUUAACAAAACCCCAGCGCUCAGCCUCGAGCAAGUGUCUGAUGCGUUCCUAACUGUCAACAGUGUGAGUGAAUAUGUUGAAUUUUGUCGCAGUUUGUGCACCCAGAGUGUCCAGAGAGUAGGGUUGCAAUAAAAUCAUCACAAUUUUCCAGUCCUUCAAUAAUGCUUUUCAGCUCCACUUUAAGUCAAUUAAAUGCUUAAAGUGAUAUGUUAUACUGUAUGACCAACAGCUAGAACUCCAAAUGUAUUCAACCUGUGAUGUGAAGUAGUUGGAGUUUUAGCUGAUAAAUAACCUAAUAAUCAGAUCUGAAAUGUAUUUCCAGUCAAAUGAUAAAUUGAUUAAUUGGCUAAUUGCUUCAGCACUACUUCAGUAUUCGCUGAAGAGCACAAAUAUUUAAAAGUCCAGUGUGUAGGCUUUAGGGGCAGAAGUUGAAUAUAUUAUUGGCAGAAAAUGUAUAUAACAUUCAGAAUUAUGUUGUCAUCAGUAUAUAAUCGCCUAAAUCUAAAAAUCUGCUCUUGUGUGUUCGAUAUCUCAGAAUGAGUGUUACAGUAACCACAGUGGGAGCGGGUCCUCUUCCAUGUGGUCUGCCAUGUUUCAGCACCAUGUUUCUACAGUUGCCCAGAAUGGACAAACCAAACCCAGUCUCAAGAGAGGGCCCAUCGUGCUUUUAAGCAGCCACCUUGGGAAGGGAGAGGCUAUUGGAUGGCACUAAAUCCUACACGCUGGACCUUUAACAGUCGAGCGAUAUCAUGGUGAACUUGCCAGCAAACCCCAUCCACUUUACACCUUAAUGAAAAUUGUAUUAUUAACCUAUCAAACACAGACUUGUAUAGGGAAACUUAUUUAACUUUAAACACAGUGGUUUUCCCACUGUAUGAGUAUGGGGAGUUGAUCUGAAAUGCUGUAAUAACUGGAAAAGUAUCAGGAGAAAUAAGCUGGUGAAUCCAGAGAGAAUAAAUAUUACAUUAUAGAUUAGAUUAUUACAUAGUAAGUACUGACUGGUUUCAAUGUUUGUGUCAAGCUUUGGGAAAUUGGAAAGUGUGUGUGUGUAUGUGUGUGUGUGUGUGUGUCUAAGCCGUGACAACAGGAUUGUUCCACAGCACACUUGUUAUAAUAGGAAAAGCACAGGUGUUACUGAUAACAUUAACAAUGGCUCUAUUCUGUUCAGUGUGACGGAGAGCCAGUAUGAACAAUAGGAGGACCCUGAAACUGAUCAGCACAAUGGAAUCUGGCCACUGUUCAUUUACACUUAUGCUUUUCCUAAAUGUCAAAUUGUGUAAUGUAAAAAAAAAAAAAAAAAAGAGAGAGAGAAAGUACUAUGAAGGAAGGGCACUAAAUCUCCACCCCUGUUAAUUUAGCUUUUAAUUUCUGCACUUUUCUUUGUUUUCAAUAUUUUGGGACCAUUUUUGACAUUAUGUUUCUCUCAGGAUUUUGAUUUGGAGAUUUAUUUUACACACAAACUUUCAUGUACUUCUUUUGUUUAAAUUUUGCACACAAAACCAUUCCCUAUUACAGUACAUUGUCUUUUCUCAUUUUCUGCCUUUUCUACUGUUGAUUGACCCAAAGAGGGACAUGUGAAGUCCUGUGUUGACAUCACUGACAUCCGAUUUGAUUCUACCACAUGUGCCUGGGAUGAAACGUUUGAUUUUCAUUUGCAUUGUACAUAUACGAAUGAAUAGUUUGAUCUUUUGUUUUUGUUUUCAAAUGUCCAUGUCCUUAUCUGAAAAAAAAAACUCUGUGAAACAAAUGAUACAUCAAAUGAAUCAUCCUAAUAUCCAUUGCCAUUGACCUGAUUAGAGCACUGGUCUGUGAUCACAUCUUAGGAUCAUAGAGACAUAAAUAAAAGGAGACUGGAGGCAGACUGGUUCCACCUGAUAUAUAUAAGACUGAAGCACAUGUGAAACUUCAAAUGUAAAUACAAUCGGAUAGAGCUGGAGACUCGAUAAGAAUUCCAGAGUAACAAUCGAUUUAGUAUAAUACUUCUACUUGAAAGCAAGUGUUUCUUAUGGUACAUCAAUUGUCAUCACACAGUGCCAUUAAUCAUUAGGCUGGUUUAUAAGACAAUAAAUCAGCUAUUUCUUUUCCAUUUAGGUUUGAGCUUUUAUUUGUUUACAUGUGGGAAUAGAAGGAAGAAAGCAAUAAUAACACAAAAUAGUAGCUUCACUUACCAUCUUUCAGUUCUUCAUUGUUCAAGCAGAUUGUAAAUAAUGAGCAUUUCUGCUCCCAGCAUGAUGUACUUAUAACUAUGCAUUAAGGGGAACUGAUUUGUCUUGUAAAAAGUCCACACAUGAAAAUCUGAGUUUAUUGGAGCCUCCCAUUUGUCCACAGUAUCAUUAAUCAAUAGACUGUCAAAAUAUU